UCCGUCUGCGUUUCUUGAAGCUCACUUUUUCAACCUUCCUGCCUGCAUUGUGAGGAAAUCAGGCCAAAACUUCAAAGGCACCUCUCACCGCCCCCCUAUCAACAUCUACAAAGCAAACUUAGUCAGCAGCACCUUCGCUGCCUCAGAGACCGUUCCUCCCACUUGCCCAGUCCUAACUGCUCAUUACCAAGAAAACUACUGUUUUGCUCCCGGACAGAGGACAAACCUGAAUUUAUUUAUUUUUCCUUAAGUAACCAGACAAAAUCUUUUAAAGGCAACCCAUUUUCUCCCCGCUCUCUGAAUCAGACGUUUCCUAAGCAGCCUAUGAGCACCGUCUGGGUGGAGCCAGGAACUCUUGCGAGAUGCCCAACCCUGCAGCCCACUUGCCCUUCUACUAUGGCAGCAUCUCCCGCGCGGAUGCAGAAGAGCACCUCAAACUGGGCGGGAUGUCUGACGGCCUCUUCCUGCUCCGCCAGUGCCUACGGAGCCUGGGGGGCUACGUCCUCUCCAUCGUCUACAAACUGCAGUUCUACCACUACUCCAUUGAGCGGCAGAUGAAUGGCACCUUCGCCAUUCCUGGGGGGAAAGCACACUGUGGCCCCGAGGAACUCUGCGAGUUUUAUUCGAAGGAUGCCGACGGGCUGUGCUGCCCUCUCCGGAAGCCUUGCAACCGUCCCAGCAGCCUGGAGCCUCAGCCGGGGAUCUUCGACAAUGUCCGGGAGAACAUGGUGCGCGAGUAUAUCCGGCAGACGUGGAAGCUGGAGGGAGACCCCCUCGAGCAGGCAAUCAUAAGCCAAGCCCCCCAGGUGGAGAAGCUCCUGGCCACCACAGCACACGAGAAGAUGGGUUGGUACCACGGCUCCAUCUCCCGGGAGCAAGCAGAGAGCCGCCUGUACUCGGGUUCACAGCCUGAUGGGAAAUUCUUGCUGCGAGAAAAGAAGGAAAAAGGGUCUUAUGCGCUAUCCCUCAUCUAUGGCAAGACAGUUUACCACUACCGGAUAGGGCAGGACAAAGCAGGGAAAUAUUCCAUGGAAGAUGGAACAAAGUUUGAUACGCUGUGGCAGCUUGUAGAGUAUCUCAAACUGAAACCAGAUGGCAUGAUCUAUUAUUUGAAGGAGAGCACCCCAAAUCCUGACACACCAACAGCAGCCAUGGCACCUUCCCCUCCAGCUCACCCUUCCGCAUAUACCCCACGGAGACUCAUGUCACAAAAUUCCGACGGUUACACACCCGAACCUAUAGGUGCCGGGAAGAAGGGCCGGAUCCUGCCCAUGGACACAUCCUGCUACGAGAGCCCGUACAGCGAUCCUGAAGAGCUGAAGGACAAGAAGCUGUUCCUGAAGAGGAGCAGCCUGAUCAUCGAAGAUGUGGACCUGGGGGCAGGCAAUUUUGGCUGCGUCAAGAAAGGCGUUUACAAAAUGAGGAAGAAGCACAUCGAUGUGGCCAUCAAAAUCCUGAAGAGCGGCAAUGAAAAAGCAGGCAGAGAUGAAAUGAUGAAAGAGGCCCAGCUCAUGCACCAGCUCGACAACCCUUACAUUGUCCGCAUGAUCGGCGUCUGCGAGGCGGAGGCUCUGAUGCUGGUGAUGGAGAUGGCCUCCGCAGGGUCGCUCAACAAGUUCUUGUAUUCCAAAAGGGAUGAUGUUCCGGUGAAUAAUGUGGUGGAGUUGAUGCACCAGGUGGCCAUUGGAAUGAAGUAUUUAGAGGAGAAGAAUUUUGUCCACCGGGACCUGGCUGCCCGAAACGUUCUGCUGGUCAACCAGCACUAUGCCAAGAUCAGCGAUUUCGGGCUUUCCAAGGCUCUAGCUGCUGACGACAGUUACUACCUGGCUAAGACCACUGGGAAAUGGCCCCUGAAGUGGUAUGCUCCAGAAUGCAUCCUCUUCCGGAAGUUCUCUAGCAGGAGUGACGUCUGGAGUUACGGCAUCACCAUGUGGGAGGCUUUUAGCUACGGACAAAAACCCUACAAGAAAAUGAAAGGACCUGAGGUGAUGGCAUUCCUUGAGGAAGGGAAGAGGAUGGAUUGCCCCCUGAAAUGUCCUCCGGAGAUGUACAAACUGAUGCAACAGUGUUGGACUUUCAAGUGGGAAGACCGGCCAGAUUUUGCUCUGGUGGAAACGCUCAUCCGCACCUAUUACUACAGCAUUGCCGCCAAGACGGAAGAGCAGUCAGAGGAGACGGUGAAAACCACACCUGCUUAGCUCUUACACACACACACUCACACACUGCCACCAAGAUGUCCGGCCAACUUCCGCCGUGGUGAAUGGGCGACUUUCUGGGCUGCCUUGCAAGUUUCUUACUUGCUGAGAAUCUCCUGUGCUUUCUAUUCCCCUGGGGCAGUGGAGGCUGGUCUGCUAGGGCGAAUGGGGGACCGCCCCACCAACCUCACUCUGCCCUCAGCCAGCCCCUCACCUGGCCAGCCGAGGGGGUGGCCCUGCUCCUCCUCCUCAGUUUCAAUGUUGUCUCCUUGUAGACUCUAGCAGGGAGGAGGAGGAUGGGGUCAAAACCAGAAUGAGUUGGCUCCGCCUCUAAUUGGCCCUGGCUCCACCUACUGUUUGGGUGCCAUGCCUUCUGCCCCACCAGCCAAUGAUCUCCAGCCACCAGAUCCAGAGUACAAGGCCAGCUCCACAUUUUGUGCCCCUCCUCCUCUCUGCAGCAGGCCCAGAGUAUCUCCCUUUCCCCACUUGUUUAUGUUGUCCCAUUAUAAUUUAAUUAAAGAAGCUCACAGGGGAGAGACUGUCCCCCAACCCCUACGAGCCUUACGGACAGGUGGGCGGGGCUACCCGCCUGUCAAUCACCCGACGUCACCAUGACAUCAGAGGAAGCAGUUUUCUUUUGCCCCCAUGGUUCAAAAGCCACAAGGACGCCCUCUUUUGCACUCAUGUCCUUGUACAGAGACAGUUUAUUUCCUGUGUUCAGAAGCCUGAGGUAGGUCAGUCAAUUUUACCCCGAAAAGGGAUGCUAUGAUUUGUUGGCUAAAAACAAAUAUUCGAAUAAUAGAGUAGGAAGGGAGUGUGGAGGUCAUCUAGUCCAACCCACUGCUCCAGGCAGGAUCUGCAAUGCAGCGGGCAACAUACAAUCCUAGAAUUAUACUGUGGGAGGAGAACCUUAAAGGUCAUCCAAACUACCUCCUGCUCAGCACAAGGUCUUCUAUGCAGGUUGUGACCACAGCACCCCUGAAAAAAGGGCUGCCCACCACCUCUGCUAAAAAUGUGAUCAUGGAUGUAUUCUUGUCAUAGGUGUAUUUCCCCCCCAUUACAAAUAUAUUUCUGUUACAGGUAAACGUUUGAGCUCUGCAUGUAAGUUAAGAUCUCGGGUGUUCUUUUUUGUGUGGAGGGGAGACUCUGCUCAUCUGUGGCUUUGUAAGAA